UAAGUGAAAACCCAAGAAGCUCUUCUUCCUGUAACCACUUUUUUAUUUUAUUUUUAUUUUUUCCGAAGUGGGAACAGAAAGUAUUUCAUAAGCAUAAGAUUCUGGCUUUGAGAGAAUAUGAAUUGAAGAGUUAGGUUUUUUUUUUUUGUUUGUUUGAGGUGGGAUUGUAAUGGAUUUUUGUUGUUGAGAUUGGUUUUUGGUUUGAUGGGAAUUUGUCAGGGGAAAGAGAUGAGGAAGUCGUUUAAGGACUCACUCAAGGCUCUUGAAGCUGAUAUUCAAUUUGCCAAUACCCUGGCUUCUGACUACCCAAGAGAAUAUGAUGGAGCCUGCCUUCAAAUGAGAUUAUCCUACAGUCCGGCAGCUCAUGCUUUUCUUUUUCUUGUCCAGUGGACUGAUUGUCGCCUGGCUGGGGCACUUGGUUUGCUUAGAAUACUUAUAUAUAAGGCAUAUGUGGAUGGGAAGACUACCAUUUCUAUUCAUGAAAGGAAAGCUAGUAUUAGAGAAUUCUAUGGUGACAAUCUGUUUGAAUUUUAUGGACGGGUGAUAUUUCCCUCUUUAUUACAACUUCAAAGAGGAAUUACUGAUGUCGAAGACCGGAAACAGAAAGAGAUUUGUGCAGCCAAGUACAGAAAGAAAGAUGAGAUGUAUAAGGGAAAGUUCUCUGAAAUUGAUAUAGAGAGAGAAGAAGAAUGUGGUAUUUGCAUGGAGAUACAAACUAAAAUCGUUUUGCCCGCUUGCAAUCAUUCAAUGUGUAUGAAGUGUUACCGCAAUUGGCGGGCUCGGUCUCAUUCAUGCCCUUUCUGCCGCGACAGUCUCAGGAGAGUGGAUUCAGGUGACCUGUGGAUCUACACCAGCAAGAAUGAGAUUGUUGAUUUGGCCUCCAUCUCUAGGGAGAAUUUGAAGCGACUUUUUAUGUACAUCGAUAAGUUGCCGCUCAUUACUCCGGAUCCAAUUCUUGUUUCUUAUGAUCCUUGCUACCGGUAAGGGCUUAUUCUUCAAAGGAAAAAUUGUAUAUAACAUCUGGUUGGUUGUACGCAAUUCAUGAUUCCAUUUCCUUUUAUCAGGUGAUUUAGAAAGUGCCAACAUUUGUUGAUUGCUGUUGGCUUGCUUCAAUUUGAUGCCUCUGGAUCAUGCUUAUUCAUUGGAUUUUUUAUAUAAUAGUCAAAUUUUAACGUGGGAGCAUUUCUUGUCUCACCUA